GCUGGAAAUGAACAGCGACAAAGAGAGAUUGCAGGCAAUGUUUCGUGAAAGGUCGGCCAACACCGAUGAAGUCCUUAAGCUCAUGCGAUCAACAUAUCCAUUGCAACGUAGGGACAUUAACUCUGAAGUGAUGCCAAUGAGAGAACUGUUGUGUGCAUGGCCCUUCUUGUUCGUCCCUUCUGGUCUCUUCUGUCACUUUAGUGCCCUAUGCAGUUUUGAUAUUCAAGACAGACUAAGGGAGUCGCUGCAAAAGAAGAAGGAUGUAGUUCUCAAACUAAUGAGACUGGACAAGAGGACAGAAAAUGAGUAUACCAAGCUAAUGGAAGACAUUGCAAAAGCUGGAGACAAUGCAAGUCCAGAAGCUGGGUGCUUGGCACUGAUGAUACUACUUGUGACAUGGUUCGGCGAAGAGAGGGACUGCCUCAUUCUGAGGAAAGAUCCAUUUCUAACUGCUGCUGAAGUCGAGGAGGACCUGCCAAUUUCUCCUUGCAUUAUAGCACUGGGGGAUGAUCUGUGGACUGCCCACGAGUACGCACUCAGCAUUGAUGGCAGGCUCAUGGUUCAGAAGAUACCAGACGUCCCUACGGCAUGGGCUGCACUCUUCGCGAGUCACUAUUGCUUUAACAUCUGCUACGCUGAAGGCCUGUCAUCGACCCUCGAGUUCCUUCAGAGAGGUUUCCUGAGCAUGAACCCUGACCGUGGCACCAGAGCCAAGCGCUCCAAGUCGGAAGUGAACAAGAAAGUACUUAACCUGGUCAAGAAAAUAGCAGAGCUGGAGUGGAAUGUGUGAGGCUGUCGGUCAUCUUAUGUGGGAACGAGGCAUGCGACAUGGGGCUCGGGCUCAUUCAACGCAAGGUCUUGGCACCAGGAAGAUUUCAGCAGCCAUAAGCAAUGGCACUUGGGUCUAAAUUUGGUGAGUAUGAUAAUGAUCGAGCACCCAGCUGCUUGUGUGAAAAAAAAAAGGGGGGGACACU